CAGUCGCUCUCCGCAUCGGUUCGUUUCAAGUGUGCGCAUUGGAAAAUGUAUUAAAAAACAAUAAUUAGUAAAACAUACGUAAAAUAGUGUUUUAUCCUGAUAGACAUAAAGUGGAUUUUAGUGAGCACUUCGCCAGUGAGAUUUUGCAGUGAACACUGGAUUUUUAGCAGCACGAUGCACAACGGAACCAAAGCCGGGGUUCUGAACAAAGAUGACAUCACAGCUCAGUUGCAAACACAGUCUCCAAUCACUUUGGUGGAUCUACACAAGACAGAAAAGGGCAAAGACGAUGACUACGAUCCAUUUGCGCAUAGAAAACUUGCACACCCUACAUCGACCCUGGGAUCCUUCUUCCACCUGCUGAAAUCGUCACUCGGCACCGGUUUGCUCGCGAUGCCGAUGGCUUUCAAGUCCACGGGUCUGAUCCCUGGAGUUAUAGGCACCAUAUUUGUGGCGGUAGUGGCGACUCAUUGUGUUCACAUCCUGGUCAACACUUCCCGGGAGCUAUGCAGGAUAUGCCGCAUACCAUCGCUAAGUUACACAGACACCUGCGAGCAAGCCUUUAAGCAAGGCCCGAAGCGAUUGAGGGCAUAUUCUACGUCAGUAAGGUAUUUCGCUGACUCAGCAAUGGCGGGCAUCUGUAUAGGUGGUACCAGUGUCUACGUGUUGUUCAUAGCUACAUCGUUGAAAGACAUACUCAUCCAUUUCUAUCCGAGCAACGGGUACAGCAUACCGUUGUACUGCUGGAUGCUGCUGCUGCCACUCGUGCUUAUCACACAGAUCAGGCACCUCAAGUUCCUGGAGCCGUUCUCGUUCUUCGCCAACAUCUGUCUGCUGGCCACCUUCGGCAUCACUUGCUACUACAUCUUCUCAGACCUUAAGGAUGAUACCGAUGCAGAGCUAGCUGUGAGCGUGAUCACGUGGCCUGUGUUUUUGAGCACCGCUAUAUUCGCCAUGGAAGGCAUCAACGUCGUGAUGCCCGUGGAGAAUGAAAUGGCGAACCCGAAGCAGUUCCUCGGCUGUCCCGGAGUGUUGUGCACCACCAUGAUGCUGGUGGCUGCCCUGUACGGGACUGUCGGGAUCGUAGGCUACUUGAAAUACGGCAAGCAAGUCGGGGAUAUAAUCACACUGAACUUACCGCAGGACGAAAUUUUGGCGCUAUCAGCUAAGAUCAUGGUGGCGGUCGCCGUGUUCUUCACGUACUGCCUGCAGAUGUACGCUCCCAUGGACAUCAUAUGGACCAGGCUGCAGGGCUACGUGCCACUGAAACUCCACAAUCUAGGCCAGAUUGUUCUGCGCACGUUCAGCGUUACGAUCACUGUGGUCCUCGCCGCGGCUGUGCCAGAUUUAGGUCUCCUCAUAAGCUUAGUGGGAGCCAUUUUUUUCUCAACUCUUGGACUUCUGAUACCGGUAGUGGUGCAAACUGUACAUAGAUGGGAAAGAGGUUUAGGGAAAUAUAAAUACAUGUUAUGGAAAAACGCGUUCCUAUUAAUGUUCUAUUUACUAGUGUUACUCACAGGUUGUUAUACUUCAGUGAGAGAUAUUAUUAAUACAUUUUCUUAGUACCUAGUUAAACUGGGUUUAACAACCG